AGGCAUCCACGCACGGAAUCCAAAUCCGGGAAAGUAAGAAGUGAGUUUGGGCAGCAGCCGCCGAAGGGAGGAGAGGAGUGAUCUCAGCUUGGCAGGGAAGCGAAGGCACCAGAAUGGGGACUGCUCUUGCUAGGACACCCCAAUCUCUUCGAAACUCUCAUUUCGUCAGAUUCUCAUUCAGCCUCUUCAGAAACUUGACCUCUGCUUCGUCUUCGGCUUCUUCUGCUUCUCAGAACCCUACAUCCUCCAAGAAAUCCAAGAAAAGAAAGAAGAACUUUUUCGAGGUCGCUCAGUUCUUGCCUAGCUGGGGAAUCGGAUACCACAUGGCCAAGACUCACUGGACUGACGUCUCUUACGAAAUCACCAAAAUCAAUCUCUACAAGGAUGGAAGGCAUGGCAAGGCAUGGGGCGUAGUUCAUAAAAAUGGCUUGCCUGCGGCAGACUCGCCAAAGAAGAUUAGUGGAGUUCACAAACGAUGCUGGAGAUACAUUAAAAAUGUAGUAAAAUCAUCGGAAAGCUGUCCAAACUCAACCGGUUCAGCAGACAAUGGCCAGAAAGUUGAAACCCUAGCAAGCUGAUAUAUUCCUUUUGCUUUACAGACUACAGCUGGGGGCAUUCCUUGAAUCUGCGACAAUGCUUGAUAUUAUGCAUAACAUGUUUAGGCAUUUUAUGACCUCUUGGUAUCACAAAAAUUUUCAUUGGCUUAGUGGUGUAUUGUGACGAACACAAUGCAGUCAGUGCGUAUGAAUCUACCGAGAUAUGAAAUUGAAGUUGUUCCUAUCAAUUCCAUUUCGGUUCUGGGAGGUUGAUAUGUUUCCCAAAUAUUUCUCGGGGAUAUCAAAACGAAAAGGAAUGCAGAAUAUUGGGCUUCAAAAUUAGGCCCAUGCAUUUUUUUAUCCUCGUACAGCUCAAAACUAUAUGAACUUUUUUAAAAUAAA